UGGAUCUAACACGUGGGCACCUUUUGGGGCUGAAAAAAUGAUUCGUCUUCUCCGUUCUCCGAUGCCCAUAUCUGCUUUCGUCUUCCCAAAACGACGUGUCGUUUUGUUCUCUCUCGCUCAACUUCUUCACCGUCGCACAACUACGAGAGCCUUCUGCUCCAGAAUGUCGUCCACGUCAUCAACUUCACUGACUCACUCCAUUUCGUUGCCGAGUCAACAGGGUCAGCCCGUCCAAAUCGUCGCUGCCCCUGGCCUGUCCGGUUCCGAGUUCAGGGUUGCUAUCGAGUCAUCUUUGUUUAGACAAUGGUUAAAGAAUCUGGAGAGUGAAAAUGGGAUUUUGGCUAAUGAGGACAUGGCUUUAACUCAAGUGCUUAUCCAGGGAGUUGAUAUGUUUGGAAAACGAAUCGGCUUCCUCAAAUUCAAAGCCGAUAUUAUCGUUAAAGGAACGGGAAAGAAGGUUCCAGGUAUAGUGUUUGCACGAGGACCUGCUGUAGCCGUGUUAAUUCUUUUAGAGUCUGAGGGCGCUACAUAUGCUGUUCUCACCGAACAGGCUAGGGUCCCCACGGGGAGAGUUGUUCUUGAAUUGCCUGCUGGAAUGUUGGAUGGUGACAAGGGUGAUUUUGUUGGCACUGCAGUUCGUGAGGUUGAGGAGGAGAUUGGUAUUCACCUGAAACUAGAAGACAUGGUCGACCUCACUGCCUUCCUUGAUCCGUCUACUGAAUUCAAAAUUUUUCCUUCUCCGGGAGGCUGUGAUGAAGAACUGGGCCUAUUUCUGUACAAAGGGCAUGUUGAUAAAAACAUUAUUACACAGCUUGAAGGAAAACAAACAGGUUGUUCCGAACACGGUGAGAUGAUCAAGGUUCGUGUAGUUCUGUACGAGAAACUCUGGCGCACGACACCUGAUGCAAAGGCACUCAUGGCCAUCGCUAUCUAUGAAAUGGCCAAGAAAGAAGGAUUAUUACCACAGUAAUCCUAACCAGCCAAACCCGGUAGUUACCAUCUCACAAAUCAAGUUAGUCUAAAUUUAACAUGUUAUAUAAAUAUGUAGAACUGCUAUAAUAUUAUGAAUGAACUAGAGUUUGUACUUUUUCUCUUAUUCAACUAUUUCUUUUGAUUUCA